AUGCCGUGGACGGCAGCAGACUCCCAGGACUCGCCGGCUGGUGUUCCCAGCCUUGUGCUUGCUGACUUGCUCGAGCUGGGCAAGGAUGAGUUGGGUCGUGCUUUGUUUUUCAAGAGCCUCCGGCUAGGGCCGGGUGCAUCCGCUUUCCGGGAGUUCGUCUUGAAUGGCUUGUGCUUCAUUGAUGGCGAAAAGAUGAUGAUGGAGGAUGCUGCAGAUGAUCCGAAGGGCUUUGCAAAGCUGCAGCAUGUGCACGAUGUGACUGCACAGUUGAUCAAGGAUGCGAACGAGAAAACCCGGGCUCGGGACAACUUCCUUGUCGAAGGCUACGAGAAGGUUCUGACAUCUGCACAGAUGUCAGUGGCCAAAGUGAAGGCCAUGGCCGACAGGCUUGAGGAUAAAGCCAAAGCCGAAGCACAAAAGCAAAAGGCUGAUAUGUGGUUGAGCAAGGAAGUCGCUGCACUUGACAAGCGAAAAGCAGACCUGAGCCUUGCUGCGACGAAGGCCGCAUCGUUUGCUGCAGGGAAAGUGCACGCACUGAUCAGCCACCUAAGGAGCAUGGGCCUGUUGAGUCACCACUUUGUUGAGCACAUGGAGCUCUGGUCGCAGCUAGACAGCACUGAUGCUAAAGCUCGAUCGGUUCGUAAGGAACUGAAGACAAAGGAGGUGGAUGAGGUGGCACCUGUGGUGCUGUUUGCCGCUGAAAAAACGGCUGCGAUUUCGGCCCCGGCUAGCCACCCAGAUUCGGCCCUUGAGUCUGUGCCCGAACACGAGCUUCAAGGCCCCCAGGAGUCGCUUCGAGAUUCUGCCCCAGAUCACAAGCUUCAAGGUUCUGGUCUUCAGAAGUCGGUUCGAGAUUCAGCCCCAGAUCGCGAGCUUCAAGGUUCUGGUUCCCAGGAGAUGGUUCGAGAUUCAGUCCCAGAUCGCGAGCUUCAAGGUUCUGGUUCCCAGGUGUCCGUUCGAGAUUCAGCCCCAGAUGACGAGCUUCAAGGUUCUGGUUCCCAGGAGUCGCUUCGAGAUUCAGCCCCAGAUCGCGAGCUUCAAGGUUCUGGUCCGCAGGAGUCGCUUCGAGAUUCAGCCCCAGAUCGCGAGCUUCAAGGUUCUGGUCCGCAGGAGUCGCUUCGAGAUUCAGUCCCAGAUCACGAUCUUCAAGGUUCUGGUUCCCAGGAGAUGGUUCGAGAUUCAGUCCCAGAUCACGAGCUUCAAGGUUCUGGUUCCCAGGAGAUGGUUCGAGAUUCAGUCCCAGAUCACGAGCUUCAAGGUUUGGCUGUUCCGAUUCUACGUGCUGAUACCCGGGGGUCAAUGGCAGAUUCCGAAAUUCAGCUUCGGUAUGAGCUUGAAGUACUUGGACGUGGUAAGCCGCCAGUGUUAAGCAUGCCAGCAAUUCCAGAUCCUAUUCAAGAGACGCUUCGAGAUUCAGCUCCAGGCCUGCUUCGAGGUUCUGGUACACAAGAGUCACUGACUUCGAUUGGCCAGGAGUCGCUUCCGGGUUCAGCCUCACUCCUGCUUCGAGGUUCUGAUACCCAAGAAUCAUUCGAUUCGCUAGAUGCCACGCAGGUGCCUGGUGAGCCGAAGUUGGUGAUCGACUGCGAUGAAUUGGAUGAUGACGAGCUCGUUUUGCAGCUCGCCAUGUUGCUGCAGACCAAGCAAGAGCCAGGGCUCGAUGCCUCAGCACAUGCGAAGGAUGAAAAUGCUGGCCAGAAGCCGCCGCUCCAGCUCUUGCAAGCUGAUGCAGAUCCUGAAGAUGAAGAGGAUGAAGAGGCUAGGCAGGAGGACCUUGCAAAAAGAGCAAGACGUAGCGAUGUUCCCACGGAGAUCCUUCAGAAGGCCAAGAUUGCUCAGAGGUCUGUUCAGGGUGGACAGUGCUACAAGCGAUUCAAGGAUUUGCUUGCCGAACACGGCAAAGAAAACGCAGAGCGACUUAGGGCGGAGAAGAAAGCCAAGCAAUCUGCCCUGGGUGAUGCUUACGAAAAUGACUACGAAUUGUUUCUGGUCUUUGAUGAAGCCAAAGUAUCCUCGACGGCAACACACCGGUCCGCCACUCCGGCACUUCGUGUGGAUCCCACCAGCAGAGGAUUGCAGCCCGGACAGUCGCGAGAGAGCCUGAAUGGGAAUGAUCGCGAGGGCAAGAACCCGAACGGCCGGAAUCCCCCGAACCCAAAGUCCAAGAAGCCAGCCAACUACACAGGGAAGGCGAACUCGAAGCUAAAGAUGGGGCGAUCAGCUUUGACGGAUGCAAAGUUCUGGGUGAAGCAAAUUGAAGCAGACCAAGCCGUGCCAGAGCCCGCACUUCGAAAAAUGUCAUCACAGCUGUCUGAGGGCUACAUUUCGCAGAUCCAGCUCUACCGAAAGCCUAUGGAAGAUGCCACCGAAACCCUGGACUGGAAGGUGAUCUCGGGUGCAAAGGACGCGGCGACAUUGGAACCGCUUGUGAAGGCCCUCGAUAAGGCUAUCGAGGACUACAACAAUGCCCUGAAACCGAUCAAAGGCUUGUUCGAGCUCACCUAUGCUUCCGCACAGCGGGUGGCCCAUGCUGCAGUAGAGGCCGAACGGGGAAUGCUCCCCAUCGGCAUCCACGGAGACGAUUUUCGGUACACCGAGCAUGGCCAAAAGCUAGUGCUGGUGUCUAUGAAUUUGUUGAUCGACAACAAGAUGCAGGACGCUAUGAAUGCUCGAUUGUCCAUUGCCCACUCGGAGUUCAUGGGAUGGUAUUGGCUCAACGAAUUUUUCAAUCGUAUGGAAAAGCACGGGCGGUUUCUCACCGCAGCUGCGAAAGCUGAGCUCGAAGAGGCAUGUGCAUUCCAGGAGGCAGUUUACAUGGCUACGAUGGACGGCACCGUGGUAGCAUAUAAAUUCGAAUUCGAAUGA